AUGUUCUCCAAGCUCCUCAUCACCCUCCUCGCCGCAACCUCCGCCCUCGCGGCCCCCGCCCCCCUCUCGGAGCGCCAAACCGGCAGCCCCUACUUCACCCCCUCCGCCGUCUUCCAAUACAACGUCCGCGACGGCGCAAUCUACCCGGCCUCCUGGGGCUACGUCUCCAAGUACCCCCAGAACGCCGGCAACGACUUCACCACCCUGCUGACCUUCACCUACCCGGCCGCCGCCGCCGGCAAGAAGUGCCAGUUCGCCUUCUUCGCCGACGCCAACACCUACGCCGGCGGCAGCCGCCAGCUCGACGUCUUCACCUCGCUCAAGCCCGCGCCCGCGGGCGGCGCCGGCGGCUGGGGCGCGGGAGGCCCGGGCAACCAGCGCAACGCCAACAUCGGGCGGGUAUCGAUUGUCGACGGCGGGUAUGCGACCUGGGACGCGACGUAUGGCGCGUACCUGUCGACGCCGUCGGACUGCAAGCCUGCGGGCACGGUGGAGGGGCUGGAGCUGGUUGGGGUGAAUGAUAACGAUUAUGUGUCGUUCCCGCCUACCGCUGCCCGGAUUCUGUACAACUAG